UUUUUGCGGGAAACCCCCGGUACCUGUCCGAAUUUCAGCAGCCGCCCGCCCACCGCGCGCACGCCGCACGCCCACGGGCUCUCUCUUCCCCCUCGGCCCUCGCCCCGCGCCUCGUCACUUCUCCGAUCUCUCUCUCUCGUUUCCCCCGCCUGCGCAGCCAAGAAACCCUAGCCCACAAGCGCCGACCUGCGACUCCCGAGGCUCCCCAGCAGCGGAGACCGGAGCUGCCGCGCAAGGAUCGGAAGAGCGGGAGCAGCGGCGCCUUACGUGGAUCAGGGUUGUUCGGCGGCGGCGGCUUGGGUAUGGACCGGAAGCGCAUCAAGGACGCGCUCGAGAAGCACCUCGAGAGGUCGUCUCCAUCCACCUCCAGGGGCGUCGCGGCCAAGGAGAGGGAGCGCCUCGCUGCGGGGAAGCUGCCGGCGUCGCUCGGCAAGGCUGGGAAGGUGUCCGAUGGUGAGGAUUUCGAAUCCGAUAGUGAAGAUUCUGAUGUCAGUGGUUCUGAGGGAGAGGACACAUCUUGGAUUGCAUGGUUCUGCAGCCUGCGAGGCAAUGAAUUCUUCUGCGAGAUUGAUGAUGACUAUAUACAGGAUGAUUUCAACCUAUGUGGUCUGAGUAACCAAGUGCCAUAUUAUGAUUAUGCUCUUGAUCUCAUCUUAGACAUUGAGUCUUCUAAUGGCGAUGUGUUCACUGAGGAACAAAAUGAAUUGAUUGAGUCAUCUGCAGAGAUGCUCUAUGGAUUAAUUCAUGCACGAUACGUCUUAACCAGCAAGGGUCUAGCUGCAAUGUUGGAGAAGUUCAAGAACUAUGACUUCGGUAGAUGCCCCAGAGUGUACUGCUGUGGUCAGCCCUGUCUUCCAGCAGGACAAUCAGAUAUUCCUAGAUCGAGCACAGUGAAGAUAUAUUGUCCGAAAUGCGAAGAACUUCACUAUCCAAGAUCCAAGUACCAAGGCAACAUUGAUGGUUCAUACUUUGGGACAACAUUCCCUCAUCUUUUUCUGAUGACAUACCCACACUUGAAGCCGCAGAAGCCGACGCAGCAAUACACCCCAAGGGUCUUCGGCUUCAAACUUCACAAGAAGUCAUGACAGAGUUGUACUUUCAGCAGAAGCACCCUUUUACCUAGGUUUUAGGGAGAGCACCGUGGCCCGCAAAUGUUGUGGCCAAAAGAUGUACCAAUUCGCGAGCUUGGGUCUCGCUGUAAACUGAUGAACUUGUAUCCGUUUUCUGAUAUUAUGCUAUUCUGUAACCUUAGGUUCUCUCUCGCUCGCUCACUCGAUCAAAUUAUGUCUAUCUGCAUCGUUUCAGGUAAUUUUACACGAAGUGUUUCACCUGC